AUGGACAAUGAUUGUGAUGACCAAGACUUGAACUCUAGUCCGGAAAUACGAAGAGGUUUAUGGAAAUCUGACAAUAACGAUUCCCUAUUUCGAGAUUUAUAUCAGUUUCCUCUUUCACCAGAUAUCAAGAACUCUACACUCAAUGCCGGUGAUGGCGUUAAUAUCACUGAUGUUUCUCAAUUAAAGUUUAGUCCUAUAUAUUCACCGUCUUAUAAGAGUUCAUUGGUUGACAAUAGUGACUUUGAUCUAGUAGACUCUAAUGACACUUCCUUUGACCAUCGCUCAAGUUUAUUUGAUAAUUCCGAUGAUACGACGUAUCAUAAUGUUUCGAAAUUGAAAGGAAUACCAGAGAUUUCUAUAAGCCAAAUUCCUGAGAGUGAACAGUCUCGAAAAAGUCUAACUGGUUUUAGCGAAAACGAUGAGAUUAAAAAGCAGUAUUCUUCUGAUAUACAAAAACAAGUAACCCCAAAUCUUCUGCUAAGGACUAAAAAUUUCAUGAAGAAACACCAUAGUUGCAUUGAUACCCCUCCAACUCAUUGGAUAUCAGCACCAGUGGCCUUAACACCAAAUCGUGAUCUAGUUCAGAGUUGUUCUUCCAUAGAGAAUGAAGUUUGUUUUCUGGUUAAUCAAGUACAGAGUACAGACUUUAUCACUUCAGUACAAUAUGCUCCGAAAUGUUAUAUAAAAUCACUUGAUUACGCACCUUCAUUUAGAACACCAUUUAAUGAGAUUGAUAACCCACCAAAACUACCGAAAUUUGAAGAUAACGUAACUGCUACAGUGAGUGAAGUGCGUACGUGGAUAAACAAAAUAAUUGACGACAGCUAG